CUCUGCGGCGGCUCCUAGGGGCCCGGAGCCCGGGCUGGGGGCGGGGAUUUCCGGGGAGAAGGAGAGACCCGGGCAGCCGACCCGGGAGAGGACUUGAAGGCAGAGAUCCGGGCAAGUGAAGCUGCGUUGGCUGCUCCAGAAUGAACCACAGCUCCAAGAAGGGGAAGUAGAGCCCAGCUGGCUCUCUGCUAUGGCCUGUGAACCACAGAUGGGCCCCAGCGGGGCAGCCAGCCCAUUGCCGGCCUCCUCCCCUGGCUGGAGUGCCUUGCCUGGAGGGAGUCCUCCAGGCUGGAGCCAAGAGCUCCACAAUGGCCAGGUCCUCACGGUUCUCCGGAUCGACAACACCUGUGCACCCAUCUCCUUCGAUCUGGGCGCCGCCGAGGAGCAGCUGCAGACCUGGGGCAUUCAGGUCCCUGCCGACCAGUACAGGAGCUUGGCCGAAAGCGCCCUCUUGGAGCCCCAAGUGAGAAGAUACAUCAUCUACAACUCCAGGCCCAUGCGGCUGGCCUUCGCUGUGGUUUUCUAUGUGGUGGUGUGGGCCAACAUCUACUCCACUAGCCAGAUGUUUGCCCUGGGGAACCACUGGGUGGGUGUGCUCCUCGUGACCCUGGCCGCCAUGAGCCUGACCCUGACCCUCGUGCUCAUCUUCGAGAGACACCAGAAGAAGGCCAACAACAACACAGACCUUAGGCUGGCAGCUGCCAAUGGAGCCCUCCUGCGACACCGGGUGCUGCUGGGGGUGACGGACACAGUGGAAGGCUGCCAGAGCGUGAUUCAGCUCUGGUUUGUCUACUUCGACCUGGAGGACUGUGUGCAGUUUUUGUGUGACCACAUUCAAGAGAUGAAGAUAAGCCAGGAGUCCUUGCUGAGAAGCAGAUUGAGCCAGCUGUGUGUUGUCAUGGAAACUGGGGUGAGCCCUGAGACAGGGGAGGGGCCUGAGAACCUGCUGGAGGAAGCGCCUCUCCUGCCCGGCGGCCCUCAUCCCGAGGAGCGGCCCCUCAUGCAGACUGAGCUUCGCCAGCUUGUUCCUGAGGCUGAGCCGGAGGAGAUGGCCCAGCAGCUGCUGGCGGUUUUUGGUGGCUACUACAUCCGGCUCCUGGUGACCUCGCAACUCCCCCAGGCAGUGGGGACACGACACACAGACUCUGCGAGGAUUCCCUGCCCCUGCCAGCUCAUAGAAGCCCAUAUCCUGGGCCCUGGGUGCUGCCCUUUCCUGGCCAGGUGACCUAAGGAGGAAGGCACCCGGCUUCCUGUGAGACCGAAGGUGAGACGUCGGAAGGCUUGGAGCCCCAGCUGGCUGAUGGCGAGCUCCAGGUGAGGAGAGAAGCAUCUAGAAGCACUCUGAAGAGUGUCACUCAUGUCAGCAGCAGGGGUGUCAUGCUCGCUCCAGGACUCUGCACAGAAAGGCCUGUUGACAUCCCAGGCUGACCCAUGGCCUUUCCAGAAGCUGCUGGUUGCCAAGCUGGUACUCUUAGUGCUGUAGACGGAAGGCCACACUCCCAGGCCUUUCAUUGUUUGGAGAGCCCAGGAAAUGUGAAGAGGGUCCCCACUGGGUUAACUAUGCAUCCAAAGCUCGGUCUCCGAUGAUGCUCCCAUCCUCAGCUACUUCAUGUCAGAUGGGGAAAUUGAGCCUUGGAGAGGACUCUGCUCUCGGUAGCAUUGCCUUGGCCCUCUACGAUUCCUAAUCUGAAGGAAAGAAGUCAGUUCUCAGAAUAUUCUCCACUUUCAAGUUUCUCCUGCCCUGUAUUCUAUGAAAAACAAUGGUCCCGUGUUGUUUGCUACAGAUGUCCAGGGGACAGAGGAAAGAAGCCAGAAGCAUGUGACUGAUGAUGGAACUCUUUGGAAAAGAUCGAUUCUGUCUGACUUGAGGGUGUGUUUUGUUUAAAGGCAUGCAUGCUUGUGGUUGUGGGUUUGUCCUUCAGGCCUAGAGCCACAGUCCUCUGUUUUCUGACACUAACACAGUCCUAGAGUGAAGCACAGAUCUGUCA